AUGCCUUCACCUCCCGGAACUAAAGUCCCUGUGACGUGGCAACCGCCGGCGGACCCGGACAAGCCUGCCUGUCCGUACCGCAGAAACUUCACGGUGGACAUCAAGAGCCAUACUCCUCCCCCACCUUUUGGUGGCCGAGACUACGGUCGUGGUGAAACACGGACAGCAGUGCCCGACCAGACUCUGCGUUCUAUUAAGCAUACCGAACUUGUCAUGAGGAACCCACCCCUGGGAACAGCCAAUCCGCCAGCGCAGAAGACUGCAACACUGACCAUCAAUGGCGAGCUCGCCGUCGCCGAUGGCCGGGGUGCACAGUUAGCCAUUUGCACCUUCAUGCCAAAGAUCGCUGGGCAGCGCGCCUUCCCGGCCGUGGCAAAAAUUUACGACGCGCUGUAUUACUCAUUCCGCAACAAGGACAUACCAUCUGUGCCUGUCGAUGUUACCUUCGAUGCGGACAAGGACUACAGCCGUGAGGCCGCAGCCUACGAGCACCUGAACAAGGAAAGAGAAGCGGGCGCACUGGCCCCAAGAUACUUUGGCUCUUGGACCUUCAACGUGACCAUCCGAAUUGGCGGCACCAUUCAGCAACGUCCAGUUCGUAUGAUUCUCAUCGAGAACGUCCCUGGACCUAGCAUCAGCCAGCUUUGUCUUCCCAACAGCGGAGUCGCUCUUGACCGGGCAUCUCGCCUGGAGAUCCUGGGGAGGGUGCUAGAUGGCAAUGCGAGAUUGCUGUUCAAAGGAAUCGCACAGAACGAUCUGGCUGCCCGUAACGUCAUCUGUGCUUACCCACCAGGCACAAUGCCCAGCGCCAUGCGGCAGCCUCCCCAACGAAUCGUCCUGAUCGACUACAAUGCCGCCAUUGUAUAUGAAAAGACAAGGCAUGGAAUUCGGCCAUGGCAGAGACCGAGGUCCGCGCUCCCACCGAACCCCAUGGAGCUCUACUGGCAAGAUACACUCGUGGAGUUCCGAGGCUGGAUCCCAUCAGAGUGGGAAGCGACACCCAGGUUGCGUCAGGAGUGGUUGAGAAGUCGCUUUGGAGGACAGAAUGCGGCCAAGUAUGCACCACUCAAGACAACACUGGAGAUUGCCAAAUAG